AUGGUCCAAAAUUCCGACGAAUUCCGCCGCCGGAUUCUGAGUUUUCCGGCGAUUCGUCCCUGCGAAUCCGUCUCCUUCCCAACCCUCCUCGCUUCUCUGAUCAAUCUCAGCCGCUCAAUAUGCAGCUUCAAAUCGAAAACAUUCUUCACAAACAAGCAAAACGCCGCGAAUUCGAUCCGCCUCAUCGAAGCCCUCCUCGUCUUCCUCGAAGAGCUCCGAGAUGACACGUGGCCGAGCUUCGAAGAUUCCUCCACGGUUUCACUAUGCCUCUCCGAACUCCACUUCAUCUUCCAGAAGCUUCGGUUCCUUCUCCACGACUGCGCCAGAGACGACGCCAGGCUGUGGAUGCUGCUCAAAUCCGAGGAAGCCUCCUCGCAUUUCCGCCUCCUCCUCAACUCCGUCGCGGUGGCUCUCGACGUCCUCCCGCCUCCUGAAUCCGACGCCGAGGCGCGCGAGCUGCUGGAGCUCAUGCGGAAGCAGGCGGCGGAGUCGAAUCCCGAAGUGCGGAGAGAGGACCGGCGCGCGAAGAGGAGGGUCCUCCGCAUCACGCGCCGUUUCGGGCGCGGGAUCGCGCCCGAACCGGCCGACCUGAGACGGGUGCUCGAGGAUUUGAGGAUCGGGAGCUGGGGCGAAUGCGGCGACGAGAUCAAGUGUUUGGAGAGUGAGUUCGGACAAGAAUGCGGUACUGCUGAGAAAAGGGCUGUCCCUUUUAUCAGCAGUCUGAUCGCAUUCUUGGUCUAUUGUAGAUGCACGAUUUUCUCGAGCAUCGAGAGGCGAAAGAACCGGCCGGUUCUAUGCGAAACUGACGAUCGGUCGGUUAAGGUUUUGAACCCCGACGAUUUUAGGUGCCCGAUCACCAUGGAGAUCAUGAGCGAACCGGUGACUUUGUCGACCGGUCACACGUACGACCGAUCUUCGAUUCUCAAAUGGUUCAGUUCGGGCAAUCACACUUGUCCUGUGACCGGUGAGAAGCUCAUGAGCGUGGAUUUAGUCCCGAAUCUUGCACUGAAGCAUCUCAUUAUCAAAAAAUUUCAAGAAAAUAGAAUCCAAUUCGAUGAAUCGAGACCGUCGUCAAUGUCUGUUGAUGCAGGAAGUGUAGCGGCGGAGCAGGCCAUGGCUCUGCUCGCUAACUUCCUGGUCAGAAGGCUGGUGGUAGGGACGAAUGAGGAACAGAAUAAGGCCGCAUUCGAGAUACGUCUGCUUACCAAAACAAGCCCUUUUAACCGAUCUUGUUUCGUCGAAGCAGACGCUAUCCCGUCUCUACUAGGCCUGAUUCGGUCAACCGAUCAGGCAUUGCAGCGUAACGCGAUAGCCGCAUUGGUUAACUUGUCAAAGCAUCCCAGGAGCAAGAAGAUCAUAGUGGAAGAUAAGGGAUUGGAGUUCGUAGUCGAGAUCUUGAACGACGGUCUGACUGGGGAAGCGCGCCAGCAUGCAGCUAGUGCGCUAUUCUAUCUUUCCUCGGUUGAAGAUAAUCGGAGGAAGAUAGGGCGGGCCCCAGGGGCCAUCCAGGGCCUCAUAGGUGUCCUCAGGGAUGGGGAGGACCGUGGGAAGAAGUGUGCGCUGGCCGCAAUCCUAGGCCUCCUCAUGCACCCUGAGAACCACUGGAGGGUGCUAGCAGCAGGACUAGUCCCACUGCUAGCGAAUCUUUUGAGAUCUUUUGAAAAUGAAGAUCUCGUAGCAGAUUCUCUGACUGUGUUGGCCGCACUCGCUACCCGAGUUGACGGAGCGGUGGCCAUCGUCAGUGCCGAGAUUCUGCCGAUCACAGUGCAGAUUCUCAACUCUUCCAACUCGAGAAGCGCCCGAGAAUACAGCGUGUCGUUGCUGCUGUCUUUAUGCAACAACGACGCGACAGACGUGGUUCCAAUUUUAGUAAAGAACUCGUCGCUGAUGGUGUCGCUCUACUCGUUGAUCGCCGACGGCUCGCCGCGGUUGAGCAAGAAAGCGGCGUCGCUCAUUAGGAUUCUUCAUGCUUUCAAUGAGAAGAGCUCUACGUCGCUAGAUCAAGAACAAUUUGUUCGUGUGUGGUGAUCGAAUAUUUUAGCAUUGCCACACACUUGAUUUCAUUACAAUUAAGCAUCAAUAAUGUGUAUAUGAUGCUUUAUUUUAUUUUAUUUUUUUCUUGGAUGGUGGCAUGAGCUCGAGUUUUUGAAGAGCUUUUGUUACUAAGUUGCUUCUGGUUUUUUUUAUGAAGCAACCGAUUCUUUUUACUCUGUGGUUAUUAAUCUUAUAUUAUCAUUUCUCAGUACAAGAUUAAAAUGUGUCACAUUUUAUCAAUUUCAUGGA